AUGUGCCUGGGCCAAAACUCUGGAAUUGCCCACAGUGAAUUGAACGAGCAAAAGACAGAAGGAACCCGAUGUGCCGAGCCAAAUGGUGGCUCCACGGAGGGUGUAUCGGUCGGGUUUGUGAUGAAGAUGACGCAAGCAAAGCGCCAAAAGCUGCUGACGAAGAGUAAGGACAAAAGGGUCCAGGAGAUCAGCGAACAGAUACUGCGUACUCUCAUACGCCUGCAUAAGCCGCUAAGAAUAAAUGAGACGUAG